AAACCAAUUCCCCAAGCGCGGCACCAGCUCCGCGCCCCGCGCCUACCCCCUCCGGCCUCCGCCGUCGCCGCGCCCCUCGCCGCCUCGCGCCGGCGGGGCCCCCCUCCCGCCCGCCCGCCACCGCCCCCGCGCGCGGCGUCGACGCGUCGGCGCCCCGCCUCGGAAGGCUGCUCCGUGCCCGCGUCGAAUCGAGGUCAGAUCAUAAGGCCCAAAUGCCUCUCUUCAAUAGGAAACCUUUCUCCUUACUGGAGCCCCCUAAGGACUUGGAUUCAAAGGAGAAGGUGUUCCAAAUUCGCUUCACAAAGGAGAUAUUCCGAGAUUAUCAAGAAUAUCUAAAGAGGCUAAACCUCUAUCGCCAAAGAGUUUGGACAUGUAAGAUGUCUGGGAAAUCUAAUUUAACUUUCGAAGAAGCUUUGGUGUCUGAGCAUAAUGCGAUGGAGAAGGCUCAAAAUAUGCCAACUGAGCUAAUGGCUUAUGUUCUUCGGAUGAUUCAGUAUAGCACUCUUGGCUUACAUGAGCUUGUCAACAAGAUUUAUGCUAGUCUGCUGGAAGAAGUAUUUGAAGGAAUAGAGUUACAUUCUAAAAAGGAUGGUUCUGUGGUACCUUGCAAGAUUUUGAAGAUUCUAUAUUCUGAUGGCACAAAGAUGUGUGAAGUGGGUUGGCUUUGUCGAGACAAGACAUUGAUCAACACAUCGGUAGUCAAAGCUGUGGAUCUCUUCUACCGGAGGUCGCCUGUUAGCAGGAAUACACUGAAGCUUUUUAUUAGGGAUUCAACAACACAGACUACCCCGUGGGUCAUACAUGAGAAUCUCGCCAAAAAAUAUGGGAUACCUACCGAUCCCCCUAGCGAUAUAAUGCAUUAUGAAGGUUUGCACAAGAAAGGUAGAAAAAGAGAAGAGAAUGGAACUAUUGAAAAUGGGAGAAAAAAGCUGAAGAAAGAUGAAGGACAUGUGCCAAUUAAGUAUCCAAUUGACGAUCUGUUAGUAAGGCCCGAUGGAGAUGAUCCAGCUUUAUUUAAGAGACCUCCUCUGGCUACAGAUUUUAGAGUCCCAAGAUGUUCUGUGGGCGAUCUCCUUAUGGUAUGGGACUUCUGCUUGUCUUUUGGAAGGGUUCUAAAUCUGUCCCCAUUUAUGCUAGCAGAUAUGGAGAAUGCAAUUUGCCACAAAGAAAGCAAUGUUCUUGUUGUGGAAAUACAUGCAUCCAUGUUUCACAUGCUCAUUAAGGACAAAGGUGACUAUUUCACUGUCCUGCAGAACAAGAAACGGAAGUUAAAGGUAAGUUUAGUAACAUGGGCUGAAUAUCUAUGUGACUUCUUGGAAAUGACAAAAAAUGAAGAACUAUUGAGUAACAUUGCAACAAUAAGAAGGGGUUAUUAUGGUCAUAUUGACACUGAUAUAAAACUUAAGAUCCUCCAUGAGCUAGUGGAAGAGGCUACUAAAACCUCUGCCAUAAGAGAGAUACUAAGUGAGCGGGUGGAUCAGAAACAAGCCCUUAACGCAACAAGAAGAGAGAGUACCAGAAAGGACAGAGAAGAACAAAACUUGAACACUGAAAUUGCCAUGAAAAAUGAAGAGAGCCAGACAGAUGCCGUGCAAGAUGGCAAUGAGACUGUUGAUGAGCUGGCUAGGGGAAAAGAAGAAAAGGAGAAGAGCAAUGUUUCUCGUAGCAAGACAGAAGGCAAACGACAUCUGGUACGGCAUCAUGAGAUGGAGUUUGAUAAACUAUCCAUCCGUUCUAGCCCUCUUGGUAAAGACAGACACCACAAUAGGUACUGGUUUUUCAGGCGUGAAGGAAGGCUUUUUGUUGAAAGUGCAGAUUCCAGAGAAUGGGGUUACUACAGCACCAAAGAAGAGCUUGAUGCACUCAUGGGUUCGUUGAAUGUGAAAGGUAUAAGGGAGAAAGCUCUGAAACGGCUGCUAGAGAAGUUCUAUAAUAAGAUAAGGAUUUUUGCCACUUCUGAUUCUGCACCGUCUUUUCUGCGUGGCUUGAUGCUAAUCUUCCGGGCUCCUUGUUUCACAAUUGUGACAUCUUUUUUUUUCCCUCGUACAUAAGUCGAGAAGACAUCACGGCCUCACUGUUUCACUAUGCACUGGCUAAUUCUUUUUCCUGGUCCAUGUUUCAGUAACGCCCUGGAGAAGCGAACAAAAGAUAUCGUGAACAAGAUGUUACUUGAAGAGGGUGUGCUGCGCCGUUCUACACGAGUCCGGGCGCAUCCGAAGGAUAACCCUUCCAUGGCAUUCCUCAAGUACGUCAACAAAUGGAAGGAUAACUGACCUGCUUCAAGCUGACAGUGUAUCUCAAAAUAAGAUGGCAGUCUAACUCGGUCAGCUGGAAGAAAACUGAGCAACCCAGGUGAUAGGUUUGGCCGUACGCCGGUACCCGUACCCCGCCAUAGUAAGUUAUGUAGGCUUGCGAUUCCCCGUGGCUGGUCAAUCGCGUCUCAGUAGCUCAGCUUUUGCCCUUUCUUUUCUGUUUUGAACAUUGGUUCGCAAAUGAAAGCACUUCUCUCGCUCCUUAAGUGAUCAUCUAUUGAGCCAGAUUUCACGUUAUUAUUAUGCAAA